CGGCUAUGGUGGAGAUCGAGGAGGGGGAAAGUCGAAAGGCAAAUGAAAAAAGGAAAGAACAAAGGCAAAGACAAAGGCAAGAAUUCCAAAGGCAAAGGAAAUACACAAUGCUGAAUCUGUAAUGAGUAUGGACACUGGGGUAAUGAAUGUCCUCAGCGGUUUGGCGACUCCAUGCAGGCGAAUGCGCAGCCACAGCUCCUCGCAGUGGAGCUUCAGAUGUGUCAACCAAUUUGCCUGACAGCGCGAGCCAGGUCAACAUCGCCUACAACGAGCCUCAACAACAUGGCACUUCAUCGACUGGAGCUUCAACAAGCAGCGGUGGCAAGACACAAGUUCGACAAGUCCGCUUGUACCAUGUGGCAACCCGUCAGAAUACCCUGAGAUCUUCGAGCUAAACAGUGAGGAAGAAGACUGGUAAUUACUCAGUGCAGGUGGUUUCCUCCUUCAGCUUUGAAGAGAGAAACAUCGAGGAGGAGGCGCGUUAUGGAUAAAGAUGGGUACUACACUUGGCUGGCAGGUCCCGUAGAGCAUGUGAGAACAUGACACAACCUCGCGACGAGGGAGUGAUAGACAGCGACCCUGAUGAUCGACUUCAUGGACCUACCACCAGAGAUGUGAUGAUGGAAGAAGCAAGGCCAGACCCUCAGCUCAAUCAAUUUGAGGACUGAACCAUAUUCUCUAUACGUGGGCUCAACAAGAGCAAGCACGACCUUCUACUUGCAGCGAGUCAUCGGCCAAGCUUGGCGUUUUGACUUCCACAUGGUGUAUGAUGUCCAUGACCGCAACUACCACAGACUGUGCCAGGAGAUAGUCCGUGGAGAUUACGAUGAGAGCUGGGACGCCUUUAUACGAAGAUGGCGAUGGGGCCCCAGAGCAGCUGUGAGGAAGAGAGGAAAAGUCUCUCUCUAUGCUGUCGAGAUUUUAGGCAGGGUGUUGAGCAUUGGAGACUUUAGCGCGCCGCUACAUAGUGACUCAUGAGUUGGAUGGAAGAGGUGCGGUGAUGCUACCUAACAGUUCUAUUUUGAAGGGUGGCGCUUUUCUACGAAAGACCACUUGUUUUAUUGAGUCUAAAGUGGGCAUGAGCCCUUUGUCCCCAGCCCUCAUGGUUCCAUGGUUCCAUGUUGAAGGGCGCUCCCGAUACCAGAAGGAGUGUCCUCUACGAAAAACCUACUUGUUUUGGAGUAGUUUGAUGCCUGACUCAACUGUCUUUGGUGUGAGGAAAAAGCUUCAGGUUGCACUGGGGAUGCGGAUUAACAUGGUUUAAGUCAACGCGGAUUGUCCGCAUUGCGGAUUCUUUUUGAGAGAUUCCAAUGUAGAAACAACAUGAAACAACCAGUGUAUACAAUAUACACUAUAGAGAGACUUAGAUAGAGUUUGGGAACGCUUUGCGGGGGAAGCUGCAGUAGAUGGCUAGAUGGCAGCUUUUGUAGUUCAGCUACAUGCAACAUCAUGCAACUACAGUGAGCAUGCUGCGCAUUCUCUCCACGACUGGGCGUUAUUUUUUCCAGACAGUCUCCACGCCGCACAUGCGAAGUGCAGCGCAGUGCUUCCCACGGUUUGCCUGUGAGGCUGCGCUUCCGAGUUCCCGGUUCCAGGUGGUACAAGCAUUGCCGUGGUGGCACAAUGCUCCCAAAGAGGAGCAUGGCCAUGGCUCUACGCUUCCGAGCUGGGCCUCGCAUUGCUUGCGCUCACAACCCGACGUCCAUCGCUGCCGCGGCUUCUUCCUGUGCCGCCUCGACCGGACGGCACCAGAGCCUGAGGAGCCUGAGGAGCCUGCGCAGAACGCAGCACCACGGAAGAGGCGGAAGCGGCGCCGGCCGGACCGCGCGGAGAAGACGGCGGACGUCGGCGGCAGAGUUCGACCACCGAGUGAAGCUCCGAAGGUCCAGGCCAAGAAGAGCAAGAAGGGCAAGGCUUUGGGUCUUCGCAUUCACAGCGCCUGGGCGCGCCUGUUGCGAACGGGGGCCUUGGAUUUUGCCGUGGGGGGAGCUCAUUUCCGCAAAGGGCAAAGGGGGUCUUCCGACCGACGGUUCCCAGGGACGUUCAAAACUCAGGGCUUCCCCAUGGCUGACCCCUUGGACAUGGUCAAAGCCUUGGUAAAGCUCCCGGUGAAAAAGGUGACAAAGCUCUGGGGAAACUCUGCGGGACCGCGUUUUCCGCGGCGCGCGGGUCGCACCCGUGGCGUUGCUUUGCAGCCGGCCAUGGAGGAGCCAAAGGUCUCGGAGUUCAAGAGCAUCGGCGGUCAAAGGACCCUGGUGGCGAAGAAGCGCCUGGGACAGGUGGUGAAGAAGGGAAGGGAAGAAGGCUCCUUGCCCUCGCUCACGGGCUGGGGAGCCAAACAAGAUCAUGAGAGAGAGAUGUGA